AAGGAACUUGCUGCCAUCUCCAUGCGACCAGGGGACGAUGUGAAGCCGGUCCUUGACAAGAUCAAGGACACCUAUGCAAGGAUGGCAGCAGCCGGCAGCAGUGUAUCUCAGCUGCAGCAGUGCACCAAGAUCAUCUCGGUGUUGGACAACUCUUGGGACAACCUCAUCCCCACCCUCAACUCUCAGCAAGAUCAAUGGAUACCUGAUCACAUGACCCCACGGACAGAUUUGCUUGAUGAGGUAAAACCCCCUGGGAAGAUUAAGUAUGUGGCAGCAGCGUCAGGGGCUUUGCUCCCUGUCAUUGGUGUUGGAAAUGCCAAGGUUAAGGGAGCUAAUGGGGAGCUUGUGGGGCUUGGGAAUGUUCCGCUGGUUGAAGGCAGCCGCUAUGUCUUGACAAUUGUGGAUGACCACACUCGAGCAGUGUGGGUUUACCCUUUGAAGAGCAAGGGGGAGGUGGCAGCGGAUGUCCUUAAGGAGUGGAUGCCUAGAGCUCAGAGGGAAUGCGGACACAAGGAAGGGGGAGCAGCUGAAGUGGAGCAGCAGCAGCAGCAGCAUGAGUCUCCACCUCGAGUUCCACACCCGCCUGAGCGACCUAGGAGGGAUGUGCGCCCUCCAGUGAGGCUGACCUAUGGGGGAAGAGGCAAGCCGAAUGUGGUGCAGGCUGGGAGUGCAAUCACUUCCAAGAUGAUCUACAGGCACAAGUAUGGACCUGAAGGGGAGCUGACCUGCUACAAGUCUAGGCUUGUGGCAAGGGGGUUUCAGCAGACAAAGGGGAAGGACUAUGAUGAGGUGUUUGCUCCUGUAGGGAAAGGAACAACACUGAGGGUGCUGUUGGCGAUAGCUGCACUCCUGGGAUGGAAGAUAUGGCAGAUGGACAUUCGCAGAGCAGAUGCUGGAGAUGCAGUUCAAGUGCUCCAAGAUGGGUUGGCAAGGGUGGCCAACUUGGAUGGAUUGGUUGGGAAGGGACAAAUGUCAAAGUUGGGGUUCCUAUAGGGAGGGAAUCUUUGUGCUUAUGAGGUUU